AUGUUCCAGCACCACGCCUCUCACCUUUUCCCGACCAGCAGUACUUGCAACUCUGUUCAGAAUAACUGCAGUACUAGCACGGGACCGCACGCAUUUCCGGACUUUGCGACGUGGCUGAGCAAGCACGGCGGCGGCGGCGGCGGCGGUGGCGGUGGAGGCACUGGGAUGGCGAAUGGCGGCAUUGGCUUAGGUGGUGGUGGCAUCGCAGGGAAUAAUAUGAGCUCCACUGCGGGGUUGGAUGUGGGGGGAGUAGGUGGGGGUCAGCAGUUGUUGCGACCCGGGACAGGGAGUUACGGGGACGUUUUCACGUGUGUCAAGUGCGACAAGAUGUUUUCCACGCCGCACGGGCUGGAAGUGCACGCCCGGCGGUCGCAUAAUGGGAAAAGGCCAUUCAGCUGCGAGCUCUGCAACAAGAGCUUCGGGCAUGAAGUCAGCCUCACACAACACAAAGCAGUGCACACUUCGGAAAAGUCCUUCGAUUGCAAGCAGUGCGGGAAGACUUUCAAACGUUCAUCAACGCUAUCUACCCACCUGCUUAUUCACUCGGACACCAGACCAUAUCCAUGCCAGUAUUGCGGGAAGCGGUUCCAUCAGAAGUCUGACAUGAAGAAGCAUACCUACAUUCAUACGGGGGAGAAGCCGCACAAAUGUACUGUCUGCGGAAAGGCGUUCAGCCAGUCCUCGAAUCUCAUAACGCACAGCCGAAAGCACACCGGGUUCAAGCCAUUCGGCUGCGACUUGUGCGGUCGGGCCUUCCAACGGAAAGUUGACCUCAGACGACACAAGGAGACCCAGCAUGCCGGGGAUGUUUCAGUUGUUGCAGCAGCAGCAGCAGCAGCAGCGGCGGCAGCAGCAGCUGCUUCUGCUGCUGCUAAUUCCGCUUCCGUCGUCACGACAGCGUCGAUUCCAACCACUGUCGCAGACGCUGUCGACUCGCCGGACCACGUUCAGCUCACUGUCGACUGA